ACAUGGCUAGAAUUAUUAGAAAGCUAAUCAUAGUCCUUGUAAUUUCUUAUCUAUGUCCUUUAAUAAUGAAUGCGAUUUGCGUAGCAACAGAUACUAUAUCAAUGAACCAACAAGUUGUAGAUGGUGAAACAUUAGUUUCAGCAGGAGGUAUCUUUGAGCUUGGGUUCUUCAGUCCUAAUGGAUCCCAAGGGCGAUAUGUCGGGAUAUGGUACAAGGGAUUACCAGUUGAAAAAGUUGCAUGGGUUGCAAACCGCGAAAGAGCAUUAAUUGGAUCAUAUGGAGUUCUUAUGAUUAAUGCAAGUGAUGGAAAUUUAGUCCUUGUGGAUGAUAAAAAUAUGUCUGUCUGGUCUACAGAAAUUAAUCUGGUAUCGAACAAUAACACAAUUGCUGUACUGACUGAUCAGGGGAAUCUUGUUCUCCGCGAUAAGAACGAGUUGAAUGAAUCUGUACUGUUAUGGGAGAGCUUCAAUCAUCCAUCCGAUACUCUCUUGCCUCGUAUGAAGAUUGGGCUGAAUACUAGAACAGGGGAGCAAAUAGUCGUCACGUCGUGGAAAGAUGAGAAAAAUCCAUCACUGGGAAGUUUUAGCACUGCUGUGGUGGAUCCUCAUGAACUUUUACAAGUACUUAUUUUGAAUGGCUCAUCGAAGCAUUUCAGAUCGGGGCAGUGGAACCGGAGAAGUUUCAUAGGAGUGCCUAGCAUGACUAAAGACUUCCAUAAUGGCUUUCAACUACUUAUGGAUAAUAAUGGGGAGGAACUUUAUUUUACUUAUGCUAUACUCAAUUACUCUGCUCCAACAUUGAUAUACAUUGAUUCCUACGGAGCGAUAAUUCAAAUGGAUUGGGAUGCAGAAGAGAAUAAAUGGUUAAAGGUGCAGGUAGUACCUAAUGGUCAAUGUGACUUGUAUAACACAUGUGGUCCUUUUGGAAGUUGCAAGGAUAAUGAUUCACCAAUAUGCAAAUGUUUGACGGGCUAUGAACCAAAGUCUAUCGGUGAAUGGAACGAGGGGAAUUGA